AGCUCGUCCUUGUCAAACCUCAACUGUGGUCAGUCAGGUCGCUGACGGGAGUAGUAACCGUAACGGCAGAAAUAACAGCAUGGACGAUACCAGUCACUUAUAAAGUCACUGCAGAGCUAAUGGAUAUGAGAAAUGUGUUGAAGACAGUGCCUUCAUUACCAGGAGACUUUUUAUAAAGACACAAGCGCACUAUUAAUAUUUCCGCAACGCUGUCGACGAGAGUAACAACGUUAAUGUAGCAGUAAGCUAACAGCUGGCUAACAUUACUUAACCUGCUAUUUGGCUAACUUGGAAAAAUAUUUCUGAAAAAGCUGCUAGCGACUCGAAACACCGCAUUAAGUGAGGGAUAUCAAAGCAUCAGAAAUCUACCUGCUGGUGUCAAAUUUGUAAGCAGUGGUUGAAUUCAUGAGCAUGCUCAGUGGCAGCAGUGCGUAGGCCUCGGGGAUGGGGAGUGGAGUCCAGGAACAACGGGCAUCACUCGCGCAGGGAGAAGUGCUGCCGCUGGCUUCCUCCAGUCAGUCAGAAGUAAGCAAUGAGGGCCUGAAGCACACCCGGCCUGUCCUCAACUCGCUCUUCUCUGGGGCUUUAGCAGGGGCUUUGGCAAAGACAGCUGUCGCCCCAUUGGACAGGACUAAAAUCAUCUUCCAAGUGUCUUCAGCAAGAUUCUCUGCCAAGGAGGCCUACAGGUUGAUCUACCGCACCUACCUGAAGGAUGGCUUCUUCAGUCUUUGGAGGGGGAACUCUGCCACCAUGGUGCGAGUCAUCCCAUACGCUGCCAUCCAGUUCUGUGCACACGAGCAGUACAAGAGGCUGUUGGGAGGCUACUAUGGCUUUCAGGGGAAAGCCCUGCCUCCAUUUCCGAGGUUACUGGCUGGGUCUAUGGCUGGUACCACGGCAGCCAUGCUGACCUAUCCUCUGGACAUGGUGCGAGCUAGGAUGGCUGUAACGCCAAAGGAAAUGUACAGCAACAUUCUGCACGUGUUUGUGCGGAUAUCCCGAGAAGAGGGCUUGAAGACAUUGUAUCGAGGCUUUAAUCCCACCAUGCUGGGUGUCAUUCCCUAUGCUGGUAUCAGCUUCUUUACCUAUGAGACACUGAAGAAAUUACAUGCAGAGCGCAGUGAGCGCCCUCAUCCCUACUUAUAUGAACGUCUGGCGUUUGGAGCCUGUGCGGGACUUCUUGGCCAGUCGGCGUCUUACCCUCUGGACGUGGUACGGCGACGCAUGCAGACUGCAGGAGUCACAGGUCAUACCUACAGCACCAUCUUUGGCACCAUGAAGGAGAUUGUGUCUGAGGAAGGGGUCAUCCGUGGACUCUACAAAGGUCUGAGUAUGAACUGGGUCAAAGGGCCCAUUGCGGUGGGGAUCAGCUUCACCACCUUCGACCUUACUCAGAUACUCCUGAGGAAGCUGCAUCAGAUGGGCCAUACGACUCGAUAAUAGCGAUACAGAGAUAGGAAAUUGGGACGACAAGUUCCCCAUACACCCUCUGAGGAGAAAGGAAGUGAGAGAGUGACAAGUGUGUAUCGCUGGAUAGAAGCAAACACACACUGGCUCAGGAGGAGUGAUAUUAAUGUGUUCUCUCGCUUUUUCCUGUGUGCAGUGGGGGGUGUACAGUCCCUGUAGGAGUGAGGUAUGUUGGAUGUUACACACAUCAUGUACAGCUAAGUGCAAUAUGCUCAGUGAUGUUCUGUGUGUUUGUGUACACAUAAAUUACAACGCUCCUGCCCUUGUGGACCAGGCCUAUGAGUGACUGAGAGUUUAGAGAGACACACACACACACACACACACACACACACACACACACACACACACACACACACACACACACACACACACACACACACACACACACACACACACACACACACACACACUGAGGUCUCCCAUCUGCCUUGUGUGUCUGCUUAAACCUGACACCUUCCAAUGCAAUGCACGUUGCCACUCAUUUAUUAUUAACUUUUUCCAGAUGCAUUUGAUUUAAUAACAGUAAGAUAUGCCCCCUUGAGAUUAGUUGUGUGUGUUUGUUUUAAGGUUCUUUUCAGCAUUGUUACUGCCAUCAUAUGGUCAGUUUUUGUUUUUAAUAUAUUGAAAUCACUAUAAGUCCAGUAUCUUUUAAGUGGAGCUCCUAAAGAUUGACCUCACAGAUUUGUUUUUGUAGUUCAGCUACAGUGCUGACAGCAGACACAUGAGCUUGAUUUUAUGCCAGUGCCAGCACAUAUGAAGUACAAAGAGUGCCCAUAGGAUUUUGUUUGUGAUAAUAAUAAUAAUAAUAUAAUAAUAAUAGGCUUUUUAAAAUAUUGUCAAUUGUGAUAUACGGUUUUGUUGUUUGAAUUAUUAUUACAGAUAAUUAGACAGGUUUUUUUUUUUUUUUGCUACGCCGUUUUCACAUAUGAACUAACUAAGUAAACACUGCUUGAUGUCCGAUCCAACUGACUUUGCGUUGUCACUCACAGCUCCGCCGGCUGAUGUUUAGAUCAUUUCAGAUUUGCACUGCAUGUGUGAAAGUGACUCUAGUGAAGACAUCAUUGGAGUUCUCUGUUACAGGCAUGAUCUAGUACAUUUAGGUGUUCUCAGUUUUGUACUUUUACCUCAGCACAAUUAAAUGGUCAUGAAAUCCUCACAUAUCAAUGUGUUAUGAGGGGUAGUGUCAAAAAUGGGACUAGGUGCUCAAGUUUUCAUUUGAGCGUAUGUGAGACAGUUUGAACAGUAUUGAUGCAGGCUGACAGUCGUGGAAGACUGUCAAUAGUUUCUAUACUUAGGCCACACAUACCGAGGCAGGAUGGUUGAGCCGGGGGAGCAGCUGGGUGCAAAGCCAGAUGGAGCAGAACGCGGGAAAGUUAGAUUUUUACCAGAAUAAAGCAGAAAGAUUUCUCUGUGAAACACAUUAAAGGAUACCUACUAAAACUCAAGUUCAUUAAAAAAACAAAAAACUAAGACACUCAAAAACAAUAUUGUAUUAAAAAAAAACUCUACUAGGGCUUUACUAAAUAUUUUUCAUUAUUGAUGAAGCUGACAAAAUGCCCGUCAUAGAGUAAUGUCUUGAUAUUACUUAGCGUAUGUGUUCUGACCAGCAGACAAACAACCCAAUUAUUCACUGCUGUAGAUAAGCACCUUUUUGCAUUUGUGAAUUCUCCAAUCAGCAAAUGUUUUGUGUUUUCAUUAUUAAAAGUUUAACCGAUUAUCAAAUUGGAAUUGAUAAAAAACUUUUGUCCAUUAG